AUGGCGGAAAGCUCCCCACCCAGGGAUGCAAAGAAGGGAAAAAUUAUAGUUCUCAGGGAAGAGCCCCGAGGGGAACCCGAUGGGCAAAUGUCUUUCUCUCUGAGGGUACUAGAGGAAAAGCUCCCGAAGGGGUACAAGCCCCCGGCCAUUGGAGAGUACGAUGAUAGUAAGGAUCCGAAAGACCAUCUCCGUAAGUUCCAGAAUGCAGUAUUGUUACACCAAUACAACGACGUUAUUAAGUGUCAAGUGUUCCUGAACACUCUAUCUGACUCGACACAGAAAUGGUUUGAUGGACUUCCGAACGGGCCCAUCACUUGGUUUCAUGAUUUCAAGACUAUCUUCUUGUGCCACUUUGCCAGCAACAGGAAGUACCAGAAGACAUACCACUAUCUCUUCGCUCUUAAGCAGGGGCUAGCCGGGCCCUUGCGAAGUUAUAUCAAGCAUUUCAACCAGAUGGCUCAGGACGUCCCAUCUGCCACCUUUGAAAUGUUGAUGAGCGCCUUCUCUCAUGGACUAGUGGAGGGGGAGUUCUUCCGAGAUAUCAUUCGGGAUCCCUUGAAGAACUUCGACGAGAUGCUGGGGAAGGCCCCUAGCUAUAUCAAUGUGGAGGAGGCUCAGGCGGCCCGACGCAAAGCAGGCAAGGCACAUACUCGCACCAACAAGCCAGAGAAAAGGUCGCCCCACCCACCAGCUCAGCCUCUUCCUUGA